AUGAACCAGAAGCAACUUCUUCGCUUCAUUAAGUCAAAAUUAAGAAAAGAGCCAGAUGAGGUUGUCAUAUUCCGUGAUGGGCAGUAUCUUACGCUUAAGGAAGUCUUUGAGAGUUUGGACUUAACAGGGUAUGAUCUUAAUGUUGAUUUGUUGGAUGUGCAUGCUGAUAAGAGUACCUUUCAUCGAUUUGACAAGUUCAACCUGAAGUAUAAUCCUUGUGGCCAGAGCAGACUGAGAGAAAUCUUUUUAAAGCAGGACAAUCUCAUCCAAGGUCGUUAUAUAGCAGAAGUGACAAAGCAGGUUUUAUUAGAUCUCGAAGCAAGUAAAUACCAGGUGUGGUCAUUUAUUGUCUUUCAAACUUUAUUUGGAGGAGAUAUAUGUUCUUUGGAAAAGGACAAGAGACAAUUUCUCUUCCUUGUGGAUAGAAGGUGAAGGUCAACAAAAGCUUCAGUAUCAAAUAUUUGAUUGAGA